CCGGUCCUGCCCCGCCCGGUACCGGGAGCCGCGACCGCCCCCUGCCCGCCCCGGUACCGGGGCCGCCUCUCGCCCCGCAGGGAGUCCCUGCUUCCCGGCCGCCGGGGGGGCCUCGCCGCGGCGGGGUCCCCGCGCCCCCCCGCCCACUUCCCGUCCCCCCCCCGCGGCGCGGGGCUCGGGGCGCCCGGGGAUCCCCGCGCGGGGCGGGCGGGGGGGGCGGUGAGUCACCGCGGCUGGGAGGCGCCGCGGCCACGUCCGCGCUCGGAGCCGCCUGACGCCGCCGUGCCGGGCAGCCCCCCCCCCCGCCGCUGCCGUGAGCGAGGCGGCCGCGGCCCCAUGGCCGAGCCCGGGCAGCUGGCCUGGAGCCCCGGCGGCGGCCGGGCCGCGCUGCGCCCCCCGACGGGCCUGGAGGUGAAGCUGGGCUCGCUGGCGACGCUGCUGCUGCUGACCCUGGCCAGCGGCCUGGGGCCCCUCUGCUUCUUCCGGCACCCGCUGGGCGCCGGCGCCUCCUCAGAGGCGCGGAGGAAGGGCCUCAGCCUGGUGAGCUGCUUCGCCGGCGGCGUCUUCCUGGCCACCUGCCUGCUCGACCUGCUCCCCGACUACCUGUCCGGCAUCGACGAGGCGCUGGCGGCGCUGCGGAUCUCGGAGUUCAUCCUGGCCAUGGGCUUCUUCCUGGUGCUGGUGAUGGAGCAGAUCGUGCUGGCCUACAAGGACCAGGCGGGCUCGCUGGAGGAGGAGGCGCGGGCGCUGCUGGGGGCCGCCGCGGCGGACGGCCCCGCGCCGAGUCCCCGCUGGCCCGACGGCCCCGCGCGCCCGCCCCGGCCCCCCGCGCCCGCCCGCCCGCACCUGCACGUCGACUUCAACGCCCACUCGGCCGUGCGCUCCUUCCUGCUGGUCUUCUCGCUGUCGCUGCACUCGGUGUUCGAGGGCCUGGCCGUGGGGCUGCAGGAGGCCGAGGCCAAGGUGCUGGAGAUCUGCCUGGCGCUGCUCAUCCACAAGUGCGUGGUGGCCUUCAGCCUGGCGCUGACGCUGCUGCAGGGCCGCCUGCGCCCGCGCGCCGUGGCCGCCUGCCUGCUGCUCUUCGCCCUCAUGUCGCCGCUGGGCAUCGGGCUCGGCGUGGCGGUGACGGCGGGCGCCGGCGCCCUGCAGCGCCUCUGGCGCAGCGUGCUCGAGGGCCUGGCCGCCGGCACCUUCCUCUACAUCACCUUCCUGGAGAUCCUGCCCCACGGGCUGGGCGCCCCCCGGCACCGCAUCCUCAAGGUCAUCCUGCUCAUCGCCGGCUUCGCCCUCGUCACCGCCAUCCUCUUCAUCAAGAUCUGAGCCGCCCCCCCACCGGGGGCUGGGGGGGGGCCGUGGGGCAGCCCCCCGCGCCCCACUUCGGGCCGGAGCCGGGGGCUCCCCGGCGGGACCCGCCGCCCCCCGCGCCCCCCGCGCCAGUGCCAAACCGCCGCCCCGGCAGCGGGGCCGGACCCUUCCCUGUGCCUUGGUUUCCCCGGCCGCCCGGGGCAACGGUGCUAUUCCCGGCGGGGCGGCACGCGGCCCCCCCGGCCCCCCCCGCCCACAAGUGCCCUUAGCGCGCCGGCGGGUCUCCCCGGCCGCCCUCCCCUCCGGCGCCCGCGGGCGGGGAGAGAUUUCGGACGGAAAAAGCAAAUAAAGGACUCGAAGCGA